UGCGAAGAACACAAACGUAGAUUUUUAGUUUUAGAUUUUUCAUUCGUGUUCGAAAGACCGAUGAGUGUGGAUAUAAUAUAAUUGUGCUGUCGUUUUGCGUUUCUGAUAGAAUUUUCACACAUACACAAGUGACAUGUGUGUACGCGUAUGUGUGUGACUGUAUAAAUUUUUAUAAUUGGCGCGUAGCAAACUCAAAGAAAAUAGUUACAUUAGAAGUAAGAAAAAGCCAAGUGACUAAAGCAAAUUGGUCCCAUAAACGUUUAAGUUAAACAACAAAGACGCGGCGCAAAAACGCAAUUGAGUGCAGUGCAAACGUGAAUAAUACAAAGUGAAAAUUGCCCACGACCAGUGAAAAUCGCAGAGGUACCUACAUAUAACACAUUGCUAUAGCAUCAAGAAGAAAAAAAAUACAACAAAAAGAAAAUUAUUCAACAGAGUACAGUGAAAAAUUUUGGAAAAUCGAAUUGCAUGCAUGUUUUAUCAACGUAAUAUUGAAAUAGAAAAACUCGCGUUCAAAACUGUAGUAGAAAUGGCACCCUGCCAAGUGCAUCCAGUUAUAAUUCAUACGAGCAGCAGUGCCGUCAGUGCUAGGAUUCCCCCAGUGCGCCCCAGUGGAGGGGUGCGCAGAAAUCUCUUCGGUCAACCCGACCAGCGUGAAAUGGUGCGCCAUUUCGACAAUGAAAAUGCACGUCAACGUAAACGUUUGGAUAAUUACAAAAUUAUUGAACCGAUCGCGCUGAGUAAGGAAAACAAUAAGGAAUCUGAGUCUGGCAAAGAAUCUUUCCCUGGCCUAGUCGCCACGGAGUUGGAGGCACAUGAAAGAGAUUUACAAAAACAAAAAAAUAAAAGUAAUAGCGAUGUGCUGUUAUUACGUCGGGAGCAGCUCGAGACGACACCUACGUUGUCCGCAAAAAAUAAACUAAGAACGCCGCUUACCAGCAACCGCACCACCACCGACGCGGGCACUGAAGAUGCGCGUUACAAACCCUACACCAAGCAGUCAUUAAUCACUGAUACAAUGCAGAAGCGAAAAUCAAUACCACCACCAUAGAUACUGAUGCUGCUGCUAAUGACGACGUCGACAUCGACGUCAUCGACGUUGACAUCAUUUCGGGCACCCAACAAAUCGCUUGAAAUUUUGUCGGCUGAAGUUUUUGUAAAGGGUGUCAUGAUGAAGGUGGUGCGUUAAGUGCGUUUGCUGUUUUAUUUGGAGAGGAGCGCGCGUUGAUGCUGCUGCGAGUACAACGAGUAGCGGCGGCGAUUUGUACUGAAAGAGUGUUGGUUUUCUACAUAGUGAUAAGAUGUUUAGAGGUGUGGCCACGAUCAGAACGUGAACUGGCUGUCAGCGAAUUUAAUGGAAUUAGUUGGUUGGCUGUCGUAGCAGGGGUCAUGAUAGCGGUUUGUUUACGAACAAAACGAGAUUGUGUGGGUGAUUGACGAGAAGAACCAACACAACCAUCGCUCAUUUUGCUUCGUUGCCGUCUGAACAACGAUUGAUUGCACGCAUGGGGAAUAUGUACGUGUUAAAUGAGCGAGCAACAAUUUGCUGCCGAAUACCCGAUGACGUGGCAGCCGAAGUUGUACACAGUUUUGUUGUUCACCAUAGCUGAUGGCCAAUCCUGGUAAUCUAUCAUCCUGGGUUUUCUAAAAGUAUUUCUUAUUUAUCAAUAUAAUUGAAGACAAAUUUUGCGGCAAAAAAUAAAAAGCAAAGAAGUAGAAGAAAUUUGAAAAUAUGCAAAUAUUGUUGCAAUUAAGAAUUAUUUAGAGAUCAUUGAAGGUGUUUGCAAUUAUUAUUAUAUCUUUUAAAAAGUUUAGUUAAUUUUA